CCCCGUAUCCUUGAGUUUAUGAAUCAUUGCUGUCGUUCAAGAACGUAUUUUUUUGAAAUUCGAAAAUGUCAAGAAGCUGAAACAGGUUGUACAAUUUGUAGACCACCACGGAAUAGACCUGAUGUAUUUUCAAAGUUGCAACCCUUCCCCGAUCCUAUUCCUAAAGCAAAUGAAGAUAAUUAUAUGCCAUUCUGUGAAAUAUAUGGUAAAGAUACUAGUGAAAAAUACCACCCAUCAUUGCUUCAAAAAGCCAAUGUGCCUAUAUCAACAACUACUACGACUAUUGAUGGUCUUGGUGUUAAUGGAAUGGAGUUCAGUCCUCAAGCACAAUAUGCAACAAAU